GAAACUCACCCACGUUUAUCUAGUUUCAGUCACUUUUUAAACACUGUAGCUAGUAUAAAUUUAGUUUUUAGUUUUGUUUUUUUAUACCCAAGAAUUUUUAGUUUAAAAAAAUUUAGAAAAAGUUUAGACAAGAACCUGAAAGAUCCUUCGUACUCAAAGUUUCACCUCAGCCUGCGAUGUUCUUGAUAUACAUAACAAUUCUAUGUGCAGAGCUCCUGGGCACGAGGGCGAUGGAGCUGGUGGACAGUGGGCCUCAGACCUUGAUGAAAGCCCAGGGAGAGAGCGCUGUUCUGGGCUGCAGGUACAAGCCCGGCCCUGGAGACACUGGAGGCCUGGACAUCGAGUGGUCCAUAGUGAGCCCGGACACAACCCAGAAGGACCAGAUGCUGGUCUCGUACAGCGGUGGCAUUCAGUACGUGCACCGGGAGAACCCCCUGACCAAGGGUAUGAGCUUCUCCAGCCCUGACCCCUCCGCCUCUCAGGAUGCCUCCCUCUCCAUCGCCGCAGUCACCCCGGACCACAGCGCCACCUACCAGUGCAAAGUGAAACAGUCCCCUGGGGUGGACACUCGCAAGGUGUCCCUGGUCGUCCUGGUGAAGCCGUCAGUGCCUCGGUGCUGGGCGGAGGGGACCCAGAUGGAGGGGGAGCCCGUGACUCUGCACUGUAAGUCUGCCAGCGGCUCCGGGCCCCUCAGCUACACGUGGAGGAAGCAGAGCGGACCGUCAGGGGCCAGUCCGGAGCAACAGGACAGCGCUACCGGAGAACUGAAGAUUAGCAACCACUCGCAGAGCCACGCGGGACUCUACCUGUGUGAAGUCAACAACGCCGUGGGGUCGGAGCGUUGCCAGGUCCACCUCCGAUGCAGCAAACCCCCCAACCGAGCGGCGGUGAUCGUGGGGACGGUGAUCGGCUGCAUCCUCCUCAUCCUCAUCCUGCUCCUCUUCAUCGCAGUGCUCUACUGGAAACUCAGGGGGCGCCGCAGAUACGACAAAGAGUUCUCCAAUGACAUCAGAGAGGACGUCCCCCCUCCGGAGAGCCGACCCGUCAGCCGCAGGACCACCAGGAGCAGCGGCCCCUCCCAGCACCACGUGACCUAUGACCCUCUGGGGGGCACGGAGCUCAGCUGGUCCGACGACGUGACCUCCGACCCCCCGUCCAGCAAAAACCAAGUCUACACCCCGGUACAGUACGACAGCAAGUUCGGGUACGCCGUUUGAGAAAAGGAGGAGGAGGCGGAGGACGGGAGACGAUCAAAGCUGUGAAGAACAAGAGAAAACGGACAAUUUCUCUCAUCGUAAAUCCAGAAUUUCAAGAUAAUUAGGAAAAAAACUGAUACAUGACUGAAUAUCGAUGGUUAGUUUUGGGAGGAGAUGAAGAGGCUGGAAGGUUCUGCUGCUGCGGUAUAAGGCAGUGGGUCGUUACAUUUUUUGUCACCAAGGUUUGUCCGGCUAACUCAGGUACAAUUUAUGAGUUUGUCAAUUAUUAUGAUUCUGUUUUAUUGUUUUUAUUACACUACAAGUCAAAAGUUCAGCCACAUUUUUACAUUUUUGUUUUGUCUUUAUUUGCGUCUCUGUUUACGUUGUAGAUUCUCACGG